UGCUCAUUACACUCCAGCAACCGGUAUUGUCCAGUUUGGGUCAACGUCACUGGCGACGUCACAGGUUAUCUAUUUUGGUACAGCUGCUCAGCAACUACCAAACCAGCCGGCAGACAUUCGCAGAUCAACACGCGACUGGUGUGACAUUGUUUACUAUACAGCGGGCAUGGCGAAUCGGCCAGAUGCCGCCCACAGCUUAAUGUGGAUUGAUUUACGCUUAUCAAACAAUGCCAUCUCCCGGCAGAGUGAUGCUCCCGGAAAGGGAAGAGCUGGGCGUUUGCAAUGGAAAAUAAGUUAAGGCAUUGUGAACAAGACCGGACAAGGCACAGUCAGAUUUGCAAGCUGCCCAUCAUCCGUUGUCGUAGGCGUUGGCCAAAUGUAGGUUUCUCUUUCGACAAGAAUCGAUCAGACCACAAUGACUUCUAGCAAGGGUGUUCGAAACCAAAUAUUUGCCACCGGUGUUAUGAACUUGAUCAACCUCUCGCAUGGAGCUGCAUUAGGAUGGGUAUCCCCAUAUUUGCCCGUGCUGAUGUCCACGGAGCAAAACCUUCUCGAGAGUGGCCCCGUUACGGUUGAACAAGGAUCAUGGAUUGGAUCGAUUCUUUGCCUCGGUGCACUCUUUGGUGCAUUCCUGUACGGGUACUUGGUGGAAAAGAUUGGCAUCAAACGAACUCUACAGGCACUUGUAAUACCUCACUCUGCAUUUUGGAUCAUUACGUACGUAGCUACUUCCGUUCAUCAGCUGUACCUUGCCCGACUCCUCGCGGGUCUUUCUGGUGGUGGAAUUAUUGUUGUUUUUCCACUAUUUAUUGCGGACAUAUCCGAUAAGAAAAUUCGAGGUAUUCUAGGCUCCUUCUUGGCACUUACCGGCAACGGAGGGAUCUUGCUGAUGUACGUUAUCGGCAAUGUGUUGUCGUAUCAUACAGUGGCCCUCACCAUGCUGACGCUUCCCUUGCUCUUCACUGUGCUGAUGUGUUUCGUUCCUGAUACCCCUCAAACUUGUCUGAAGAUGGGAAAAGCUUCCGAAGCCGAACGGUGCUUCAUGUUCUACCGGGGCAUUCAAACAGCGGCAGAAAAGACCACUGCUUUUCGACAGGAGUUUGACAAUAUGGAGAAAUUCAUCGAACACAACGCCGGACAGAACUCUCGCGUUACUUUGGCCGACUUUCAAUCACGCGAAGCGAAACUGGGCAUCUUUAUCGGCGUGUUUCUAAUGUUCAUCAAUCAGUUCUGUGGCAUCUUCGCGAUCCUUACGUACGCAGCCUCCAUCUUUGCUAGUGUCGGAUCGACUUUAAGCCCAAACACGUCCGCCAUUAUUAUGGGUGCGAUCCAGAUCGUUGGCACACUGUCAUCGUUCGUGUUUGUUGAUCUAGCCGGACGGAAAGUUUUGCUUAUUAUUUCCACCUUCGGUACCGGGUUAGGGCUUUUCUUGCUGGCUUUGUUUAACUGGCUUACGAUCGAUGGUUCAAGCUGGCUGCUGCAGUACAGCUGGUUCCCCAUCGUAAGCCUAUCGGCAACGGUGUACCUCUUCUCCAUAGGGCUGUGUAGUAUUCCUUUCUUCGUGCUACCGGAAUUGUUACCACCAAAGAUAUGCAAUGCUGGCAACACCUUAAGCAUGGUUUCGAUUACGAUAUUUUCAUUCAUCAGUCUAAAGAUAUUUCCCAUCAUGGUGGAACUGAUCAAUCUGUACGGUAUGUUGGGACUGUACGCAGGCAUAUCUUUUGCUGGCGUUGCAGUUAUCGCACUGAUCGUACCAGAAACAAAAGGGAAAAAUCUCAUUUCCUCACAAAGUGUGGACACCGACGGAAUGCAGACUCCACUAUCCUUGUUGUCGAUAGGCAAUCAGUUUCUGGGAACGUUCGUCGCUAAUCUCAUCGCACUUGCUCAUGGCUUCACACUGGGGUGGGUGUCACCAUCGCUGGAAUAUUUACGAUCAAACGAUACGCAUCUUACCGGAGGACCGAUGACGGUUGAAGAGACUUCCUGGUUGGGUUCAUCACUCUGCAUCGGUGGAAUGAUUGGAGUGGCACUGUACGGCUCACUUGCUGACCGGAUAGGCAAACGUAAGGCAUUGCAGUGUAUUGCGAUCCCGCAUGUGGCUUUCUGGCUGUUUGUGAUCUUCGGAAGGGAUGUUGUACAGUUGUGCAUUGGACGCGUUUUAGCCGGUGUAGCCGGUGGUGGCAUCAUACGAAUCGUACCACUCUUUGUAGCGGAUAUUGCGGAUUCGCGCAUUCGUGGCAUGCUUGGAUCACUGCUUCCCGUCUGCUUUAAUCUUGGUACCGUCCUGGCAUUUAUACUCGGCACACUCGUACCGUUUGGCACGUUUCCGCUGGUAGUGCUAACACUGCCGGUACUCUUCACACUUGCUGUAAUAUUUCUACCAGAAACACCGGCCUGUUUACUGCGUGCCCACCGGAACGAGAGGGCAGAACGAUCGCUCAUGUUUUACCGUGGGGUGCGAGGACACUUUGACAAGUCUGACUCCUUUCGGAACGAGUUCCAGCAGCUAAAGGAUGUGAUAGAGCGCGAAAGGACGGCUCCGGAUGCUGCUCUAUCGUGGAAAGAUUUCGUCACGAAACCAGCCCGCCGGGGUCUAGCGAUGGGGAUGCUUCUUAUGCUACUUACUCAAUGCAGUGGCACACUAGCCCUUAUUACCUAUGCCAGCAGUAUCUUUGAGCUGGCCGGCUCACCAUCAGCCACUGGACAACACGCUAUCCUUCCUGCUUCGCUAUCCUCCAUUGUCCUUGCCACGGUACAGCUGCUCGGAACGAUCCUCUCACUGGUACUUGUCGAUCGGAUAGGACGCAAGAUCCUGUUGAUCGUGUCUAGCCUUGGUGUGGCCGUCGGAUACCUUACACUAGCAGGUUAUGUGCAGUUUUUCCUGCCAUCCAUCUCAUCCCCUCAGGAGGGUAUACCAACAGCUGUUAGUCAGUUCCUGCCCAUCUGUAGCCUUUCGGUUAGCAUCCUGCUAGCUUCCAUCGGAUUGCUUACCGUGCCGUUCGUCGUGAUGGCCGAGGUGUUACCGUCGAAGAUAAGAAACAUUGGCAGCACAAUCUGCAUGACGAGCGUUGCUCUGUCCGCGUUCAUAAUACUGAAGCUAUUCCCUGUUUUGCUUGACACGGUUGGACUGGCGGGUACUAUGGGAGGAAUCGCGAUGGUUUGUUUUGUUGGAGCCAUUGUAAUUACACUGUUUCUACCAGAAACGCGUGGCAAGUCACUGUUGUCUUCUACAGAAAGCGAAGAACCAUCGGGAAAUGGGAGAGCUGAUAGUGUUUAAGCGAACGUAAGAAAAUGUGAUAAAUGACGAUUUCGUACUUAAAAUAGAUCGAAUACAAACACGAACAUAAACAAAACAAAAUAAACGUGAUAGAAAUUAUCAUAAAACAGUCAAAA